AUGUCUUCAUUAUCAGAAGCUGACAACCGCUGCAAGCAUGGAGAUACUAUCUGUGAGAUCCGUGUGUAUGAGCAGGAGGUGAUUGUUGUGCCCAUUUUUUUACUGGCCAGCUUCUUGGUCACUCUGGUCUUCAUAUUCCUCCUGCGCUUUUGUCCAGAGAAAGUCGACCGUGUCCGUCCACAGGCUUCUAAGGCGGCCUCCAGGAGAGUGCUGCAUGGCAUUGAUGCUCCACCAGGUAUCAAUGUCCUGGAACAUGAAAGCAUUGCUCUGGACAUGCCCAGUUCCUACUCCACCUUCCACCCCCCAACCACUUACCCCUCCAAAAACCUCCCCAUGUCUGUGGACACACUCUCCUACCCGUCCAGCCCCCCACCGCAGCCCUUCAAACCCAGUUUCACACCUAUUGACCAGCCCAGAGAGUUGCCCCGCCAGAGGCUGCCUGAGUCCUUCAAACUGGUCACUCCUCUGUCUGCUGCCUUCUCACUGCGCUCCGACUCCACUGUGUCCCUCUAUAGGGCCCGCAUGGAAAGCAGGAACGUGGUACUGCGGGUGCUAAAAGACUCUGCUGAUGCCACAGAAAGACACGGCUUCCUGGGUUUUGCAUCCUUCCUGUCCCAGCUUGGACCCCACCCAUUCCUGCCAGAGCUCCUUGGUGUGGUCUCCUUGCGAGCUCCUCUGGUUACGGUUGUGGAGGAGCUGGAGAACAGAGACCUGCUCAACUUCCUGUGGCAAUGCAGACAGGAACAUAUGGAUCCUCCAUGUGAGAUGACUGAGAGACGAAUAUUUACCAUGGCCACACAGGUGGCCUCAGCGCUGGAGUUCCUUCACAGCAAAGAUCUUCUCCAUGGAAACAUCCGAGCCCGCAGCGUACUGGUCAGCAAGGCAUUCACGGCAAAGCUUUGGGGCCUGCAUGGAGCCUACACAAGGAAAAACGAGGGAGUCACUCAGAGAGACGAUCCCAGCAUGAAGAAAUGGCAGGCGCCAGAGCUGCUAGCCAAGAGACCUGCCAGUCAGAGCAGCGAUAUCUGGUCAUUUGGCAUCUUAUUGUAUGAAAUGGCAACACUGGGUGAAGCUCCAUUUGCGGAAGUCUCAGUCAAUGAGCUUCUACAGUUUCAUCAACGAGGCAAAAAUCUGAAAAAACCCUCCAACUGCUCCAGCACACUGUACACCAUCAUUAAGGGUUGCUGCCAGUGGAAGGAUCAAGAUCGACCCUCCCUGGCCGAGAUGAAGCGCAAGCUGGUCUCAGGAGAGAAGAGUGCUUCAGACAAAGUCCUCAAGGUGCCUGGGACCAUUAACAUUGAGCGGUACCUGCAGGAAGCAGGAUACGGGGAAACCAACAGCUACACUGUUUUGUGAUUACUGCCUGCAAGGGCCUAACUUCGGUUUGAGGAGUUGGGGUGGUCUACAUAUAUUUAGGGACUACUAAGAAUAUGAAACUUAGUAGCUAUUAUGAGUAUUGGAUAUACCUGUGAUUAGAUAGGCUUUGGCUCUACCUUCUCACAGUGUCAGUCAACAUACAUGCCUACUAUACCCCCUUUUUAAUGAUCCUUCAAGAACAUCUUACCUUCAUGUAUCCAUAUUUAAUGUUAAAUUUAACCACAGCUGUUGGCGUUUCAUUUUUAUGAACUGUCCCCAGUGGAAAUUAAACCCCAAACUACCUGUGCCAGCAAAAACACUGCACUAUGCUUAAAUACCCCAACGAUGCUCUUUCAGGCACAAUAAAAGUGUUCUGAACUGUUUAUCGGUGCUUAGAGCACUGAAAUGGUUCCUUUUUUCUGUUUUUUUCUUCUACUUCAGGUUCACACAACUUAACAUAACAUAAACAUAAAAACACUUCAAAGUGCUUUUUCAUCCUUGAGAACCAUUCAUUUUCAUCUAAAUCAGACUGUACUAAUGGGCGUCUCCAUCUGUCUAGAUAAAACCUAAAUCUGAGGUUCAGUUGGGGAAAUACAACCAGUAAUAAUGUAGAUGAUGUAAGAUACAGUCUGUAAACUGGACCAAUGUACAGAUGCUGCAUUCUGAACUUGUAGUAAAGACUGUUAACAUAUGAUGGUUUACAAAUCUUAUUUUCUACAUCAAGCCAAUGUAUAUUAACAAAUGUUAUAUACAGUACCAGUCAAAAGUUGGACACACUUUCUCAUUAACGUGAAUGGGAAAGUGUGUCCAAACUUUUGACUGGUACUGUGUGUGUAUAUAUAUAUAUAUUAUUAUUUUUUGUAUAUCAGGGAAAGUUGUGGGAAUGAAGGAAAAAUAUGUGUAUUUAUGUUAUAAUCAGUUAAUAAUACAAUCAGACA